GCAAAAAGUAUUCUUGGAGACUCAACUCAGGGAUCAUGUGGCCCUGGGAAGUCACUUCUCCCUCUGGGACACAGAAAGGAACUUUCCAGGCCUUCAUUUUCUGUUAAACUAGAAAGAAGGCUAUUUUGUUUGUAAUUUAUGCCCUGCUGCACUAACAGGUAUCUGAGAUGACCUCACAUAUAAAACAGGAAUGAUAGGUACAUUGAAGAUAUCAAGUAGAGAUUAAACCAGGUGAUUGUUGGGGUCUCUGAGUCUAAAUCUCUUUCCUAAUUGAAUCCUACACAGCCCAACAGCUGAGAGACAGCCCACAUCUCUCCCUCCCCUGCUGCUUUAAGUUCCCAGGCUCCCUAAAACUUCCUUCUUUUUCUGAGGUACUCCUUAGGAAUAAGAAUUCUUAAUUCUGUUAUCCUGGCCACCUGGAAUGGAAUCAUUCUUUCAUCUACAACAUAAGAAAGAAUUUUGGUUUUGCUUCUGCUUCAAAUAAGUCUGGAUGCUUUGUCUUGUCUUUCCAACUUCCAUCUCUCUUCUUUGGGAUUGUUACUCAAAAUGCAGAAUAGUCCCAAAGGGCUUGUGCUGUGUUUAGUUCUAAUAUUUUCUCUUGACUUCCUUUUUGCGAGAAAUUCCUUAAGUGCUUUGUUAUUUCACUAUACCUCUGUGGCUGUAAUCCUUUGAGGAAAACGAACAUUAGUUUUUUUGUGAAUAUUUGAAUACAAGAUUGAGGUUUAUAUCAGCAAAUUUAAGUCUGUGGCACAGCUAAGAUUGGCACAUAUCUAAGACGAUUUGGAUUCUACACACAACUCCUCCCGUACAAGAGUUGUAGCUGCAUGACCAUCGUGAUAGAAUGUUGAACAAAUUGAGAAGCCAUAGGUUCUAAUUUUUAUUUGGGAAAUGGAUUCAGCCUUACAGCAAUGAUAUAUACAGAUUUACCAACAGCAUGAAUCAAGAAAAGUUAGCCAAACUUCAAGCUCAGGUCCGGAUAGGGGGCAAGGGUACAGCUCGCAGAAAGAAGAAGGUGGUACAUAGGACAGCUACUGCUGAUGACAAAAAGCUUCAGAGUUCUCUAAAGAAACUGGCUGUGAACAAUAUAGCUGGUAUUGAAGAGGUGAACAUGAUUAAAGAUGAUGGAACAGUUAUUCAUUUCAACAACCCCAAAGUCCAAGCUUCCCUCUCCGCUAACACCUUUGCAAUUACUGGCCAUGCAGAAGCCAAACCAAUCACAGAAAUGCUUCCUGGAAUAUUAAGUCAGCUUGGUGCUGACAGCUUAACAAGCCUUAGAAAGUUAGCUGAACAGUUCCCACGACAAGUAUUGGAUAGUAAAGCACCCAAACCAGAAGACAUUGAUGAAGAGGAUGAUGAUGUUCCAGAUCUUGUAGAAAAUUUUGAUGAAGCAUCGAAAAAUGAAGCUAACUAAAAUCUUCUGGGUUCUGGAAGCUGGCAUGGACUAGAUUUAACAAUCAGCUCUGUUGUUCCAAAGUUUUACAGACACGGAGAACAUCACCUGUUACUAGUUCAGUAAUAUAAAUAUUUUGUAUAUUAAUAAUGCUGUUUGUUCAGCAUUUCUCGGUCAUUUGAUUUUGCAUUUUGCACUUCUUCCCAGGAUCUAUUCUUUUGGUCAAAAUAUGAAGUAUUGGUAUAGUUUGAGGGUGGUUUUUUGGUUUUGGGGGGGAACUUUUGGUGUGUAUGUAUAUGUAUGUGUGUGGGUAUGUGUGUACACAGCGAACAGCAAAAUGGAUAAAACUUAUAUCUAUCCUCUUCCUUCCCCUAGUAGAAAUAAAACAAAUCUUUACAUUU